CGCGCGCUGCGACGCACCGCACGCCGAAGGAAACAUGCCGAAACUCACCGGCCUCCCCGAGCCGACGUUCACGAUCCCCGUGGACAGCGAGCACAAGGCGAAAUCCUUGAACAUCUUCUCCUUCAACCACCCGCAUCAUGCGUCCUUCCACAUGUCGUGGUUGGGAUUCUUCGUCUCGUUCGUCUCCACGUUCGCGGCGGCGCCGCUGGCGGCGAUCAUCCGCGACGACCUCGGGAUGACGAAACCUGACCUCGGCACCGCGGGCCUCGCCGCGGUCACGGGCACGAUCGGCGCUCGAGUCAUCAUGGGCUCCGUCUGCGAUGCCGUCGGCCCCCGGUACGGCCUCGCCAUCGUACUCAUGGUCACCGCGCCGUUCUGCUUUUGCAUGAGCUUCGUGCAAACCGCGGCCGGGUUCCUCGUCUGCCGCCUCGGCAUCGGGUUAGGCCUCGCGACGUUCGUCGCGUGCCAGUUCUGGAUGUCCUGCAUGUUCAACGGCAAGUGCGUCGGCAUCGCGAACGCGACCGCCGCGGGCUGGGGCAACCUCGGCGGCGGCGUCACGCAAUUCAUGAUGCCGGUCAUCUACCUCGGCAUGCUCGCCGGCACCGAAGGCCGGACGUUCACCGCGUGGAGGUGGGCGUACAUCGUCCCCGGUCUCUUGCACACGCUCGUGGGAAUGGCCGUGAUGUGGUUCGGUCAAGACCUCCCGGACGGGCAGUACAAGUUCCUCCACGACUCCGGUCAGAUCGAGAAGAAGGACCCGUUCAAGGUGCAGCUCCUCGGCGCGAAAAACUACCGCAUGUGGUGCAUGGUCGCGACGUACGGCUUCUGCUUCGGCGUCGAGCUCACGAUGAACAACAUCGUCGCCGGGUACCUUUUUGAUCAGUUCGAACUCUCCCUCACCACCGCGGGCACGCUCGCGUCGUGCUACGGCCUCAUGAACCUCUUCGCGCGCUCUCUCGGCGGGUUCGCGUCCGACCAGGCGUCCAAACGCUUCGGCAUGCGCGGCCGUCUCUGGUGUCUCUGGUUGAUCCAAACCUUCGAGGGAUUCCUCUGCAUCAUGAUGGCCCUCGCGAAGGACAGCCUCGGCUUGACCAUCUUCUGGAUGGUCUGUUUCUCCAUCUCCGUCCAAGCCGCGGAGGGCGCGUCCUACGGCGUCGUGCCUUUCAUCACUCGCAGGGCGCUCGGCGUCGCGUCCGGAUACAUCGGCGCCGGCGGGAACGCCGGCUCGACGAUCUGCAUGGCGCUGUUCUUCACGUCCGCGAGCAUCGAAACGUACGAUGGCAUCAUGUACAUGGGCAUCGCGAUCAUUUGCGUCACUUUACUCGUCAUCCCGAUUCACUUCCCGAUGUGGGGCUCCAUGUUCUUCCCCGGAAAUCCGAACAUCUCGGAGGAGGAUUACUACAUCAAGAACGACUUCACCGAGGAGGAAAUCAAAGAAGGCCUCGCGGUCCCGGUGCAGAAGUUCUGCGACAACUGCCACAACGAGCGCCCGCGCAGGUACCGCGAUGACGUGGUGUCCGCGACGGCGACGAAGGUGUAAAUGCGGACGGGCCAAACCUGCCGGUUUGCUAGAUUCGGUUGACGAUUCUUUCGACGAUUCUUUCGACGACUUCCGCGGAGACGCGGCGGCGAAUAAAAAAUAAAACGCGCGCGCGCGAGCGGAGACUUGCGACGCGCUCACCAUUUGCCCACUGUAGAGUUGAUUUUUUAUUGUACAUUAAGCGCUCACGUCAUGUGUUCACUACGCCGCGCACGUCGCCGCGCCUCGUGUGUACUUCGAGCGCGCGCGCGAGUGACAGACAGUUUCACGAGCGAUGUACUAUU